UGUCGCUGUCUCUUUUUUUUCCCGCACUUCAAAAAGAUGUUGAGGAGGCUCCGUGUCCAUGUGUUCCCCUCUGCACGGGCUUGUCAUUUUCGGUUUUGGCCACACCCCUGCAGAGAUCCUCCCCAUCUCCCUGAUAUUUCAAAAACUAACUCAGGACAAUAGCAACGAAGGCACGCUUAAUUCAAUUAAUUUGUCCGUCUUGUCAAUCUCGGAUAAAUGGCCAAUGGCAAGCUCGUAAGAAUGAUCUGAAAUCUGAGGGGUUGAUAAGGUUUUCCCACCCUGUCAGUGCACGGCUGAGGAAAGGGGACUCUUCUCGGCUUCCUGAGGGGAGGUAAUUUGCACGGAUCAAGGGGCAGGCGUUGCGAAGUAUAAAUAGUGUGACUUCAAUAGCAGAUCACCAGCAGGUCUCUACUCCGCACAAGAAGAAUUGGCCGAGAUCUAGUACGUUUAGCAGAACACGGGCUCAAGAGUUGCCAACGACAUCACCUCACAUUUACGUCGACAAAAACGAAACACUAUUGAUGUCUUAUCGCGGGCUGUUGUGCUGGAACUGAGAAACAGAGAGUGAGCGAGCGCGAGAGGAGAACACCUUUUUUAAACUGGAGCAGUGAUGGAAGAACUCACCGCAUUUGUGUCCAAAUCUUUUGACCAGAAAGUGAAGGAGAAGAAGGAAGUGAUCACGUACCGGGAAGUGCUCGAGACCGGUGCAUCGGUACGAGGCAGGGAAGGUCUUAAUCCCGAACCCACUCGCGAGGAGGUGACUGCUAUAGCGCGGGGAGGAGCGCGAUCGCCAGGCAGGGAACCGGACAUGCUCGGGCCGGAGAGAAUGAGGGAUGCCAGCAGCCCCAAACUCAUUGACGGCAACGCGGAUAUGAAAGAACGAAAAGAGGACUCUAAACCGGUGGAGGACGAGAGCCAAGCUAAAAUCAAGCAGCGGAGAAGUCGGACUAACUUUACUCUAGAGCAGCUGAACGAGCUGGAGAGGCUCUUCGACGAGACGCACUACCCGGACGCCUUCAUGCGGGAGGAACUCAGCCAGCGACUGGGGCUCUCGGAAGCCCGCGUCCAAGUUUGGUUUCAAAAUCGGAGGGCCAAGUGCAGAAAGCAGGAAAAUCAGUUACACAAAGGGGUACUCAUCGGGGCUGCGAAUCAGUUUGAAGCAUGUCGUGUCGCGCCAUAUGUCAACGUGGGAGCUUUGCGGAUGCCAUUCCAACAGGAUAGUCAUUGCAACGUACCGCCCUUCUCCUUUCAGGUGCAGGCUCAACUGCAGUUGGACAGCGCAGUGGCCCACGCGCACCAUCACCUGCACUCGCACCUGGCGGCGCACGCGCCCUACAUGAUGUUUCCCGCUCCGCCAUUUGGGUUGCCCUUGGCGACGCUGGCAGCGGAAUCUGCGUCUGCCGCAUCGGUGGUGGCGGCGGCUGCGAUGGCCAAAAACAGCAACAAGAACUCCAGCAUCGCGGACCUGAGACUGAAGGCCAAAAAGCACGCGGCGGCGCUCGGACUGUGACAUGCGGCAUGCGCGCAAAACGUCUUGCGCCCCGGGCCGAGAGUCGGCAGUGGCGCAGAGCACGGAAGCGCCUGGCCUACAAUUUUACACACAAAACAAGGACCUUAUUUAUGUUUCACGAAGGACAAACAAGUAUAGGACAACUACACGGAUAGGCUAUUUAUGAAAUAUAAACAAAGCGAAUAAACUGUGAAAUCGACAAGAACUCUGGAUUCUCCAGGAGGGAACUGGUGUGUUUACACAGCUACACUAUUUAGAGGGAGUUGUAGAGACACGGAGUGGCGACGGGGAAGAAAGGAGAAGAAGAGAGAUGUCUACAAAGACGAGUAAAUAACGCAGCUGGGACGUUCGACUCUGUGUGACAAAGCGAACUAUUCUGCAGUUUUGCUUUAAUACAUCAUUAGUUGACUUUGAAUAUAGAGGCUGGCCUCGUUUUAUUUGAAACACGAGUUUCCCUCACCAAGGAAACGUGGAUAUUUGUGAAGAACAACAGAGAAACCAUGAAAGAGGAAUCUGGAGGGUGUUUUCUCAUUGCAAAAUGAGACCCACACCAAAACAGUGUUGCAUGAAUUUCUUUCCUCACGGAUGACUUAAUUUAAACGCCAUUUCAUAUCCAUGGCUCCGUUCAUGGACAAUUGCCAAUAGAGGAACUUAAAGCACUUGAAUAUUAUCGGGGUUCGGGGCGUUUAGCCAAGGGGAUGUCAGCGAUGGGUGAAGUGAAUCUGGUCAAGGCAAGCUUACCACGAAAGGACUUAAUGGGUUUAUUUAAGUGUGUUGAAUUUUACCCAGGCGACCAGAUUCUCCAUUCAAUGCAAAGUGUCCACAUAAACUGAAGUCCAAAUGUAAGGUCUUGUAACAGUGAUACAGUAUUUGGCCAAACAGCUUCCUCCCAAGUUACUAAAUGUGGUGAUAUGGUACGGGAAUAUGUAAAAUAUGUUAAUACAUAAGAUACAAAAUUAUUUGGGUUAUUUUGUGCUUCACGAACAUAUUGUGGGAACAUUUUGGGUUUUCAUGUUUGAUUUUUCUUCGUGAUUAGACCAUGUGGAUUAUCUAUGUAAUGUUGAUGUUUUUAUAACGUUGAAAGUAAAACGUACCUCUGCAGCAAUCAAGGGACUCCUUACAUGUCAUUUGAAUCAUUUUGGCAUUUUGAAUUAUUUUAUGUUUAAUGUGAAACGUGAACUCACCUGACCACGACGUUUUCAAGUCACAGUACAAUAAAUCAACAAAAAACUUUUCUACAACAGCGUUGUUCCUUUUGUAUGAAAUAUAUUACAAAUAUGUAUAUUUGCCGUUCUAUCAUUUCUGUAGUCAUCGGGUCCCACGGUAUAUAUGGUAUAUCUAAUAACUAUUAAACAUUGCGUACAUUUUAUAAUAACCAAUGUGUAGAGUCUGAUAAGAUGUUGUUACUAUAAUUAUACCAAAUCGUUAACAAUGUGAUAUAAUUUGGCUUUACUGGUAGCAUAAUAAACUACAUGUAAUGUUUGAAAUUGA